CUGGGAUAAGUUAGAUAUCUCUGUAGCAAGAGCUAAUAUCACGCUUCUGUUUCGUAAAAUAUUCCAGUAUACGGAGAAAAUGUCAUUAAACUCAUAAUUGUAAAACUAAAAGUUUUGAGAAGAAUGUUGUAACAAUGAGAUAUCUUUCCGUCGUUUUUACCAUUGUGGUAUCCACCUCUGCUUCUAAAGAUAUCCUUUCAUUGCCUCUUACAAUAAAUCCUUUACUUCAGGAUGCUAUAGAAAGAAAUGGCUCGAUAGGUGAUAUUGCAAAGAUGGAUCCAGAGUUUUAUAACUGUAUAUCAUACAGUGACAUGAUAAAAGAACUAAAAUAUCCGUCCAGAAACCAUAUAUCAAAAACAAUUUAUGGAUUAAUGAUUCUUGGACUUGCAGCAAAGCUUAAUGGUUUAACAAAUGAUAAUUUAGAAUGUAAAACACCAAGCAGAUGGACAAUACAAUUGAAAGUUGAGGAUUUAGUCUCAGCCUCCGUUAACCUUACAUUACCACUGAAUGCAGAAACACGCCUGGUGAAUAUUCAAGAGGCUAUGUUUAAUAUUUUGGAGAAGCGAUUCAAUUUCAACAUUAAUGACGUUGCAAAACAGUUGAAGACAAGUACUCUCAAUAUUUAUGGAUUUUUGGAAAAUGGAUGGAUAACAGUUGUAAAUGCUAUCACAAAAAUAAACGUUCGGCUGUUAUCAUCAAAUUAUAAAGUUGAACCAAUGGUCAUUGCAAGAGCUUUAAAUUUGUCGUUGGUUGAACUCUAUAAUUCAACGUUGCUACAACUUGAAGAUAUACUCAUAAAUAAAACAGAUAAAAUCAGAGAAGCAGCAGAAAAAUCGAGGCGUACGAUGUCAUCAUCAAUUUUGGAACUGACAACAAUGACUUCACGUUUAAAUGACGAGAGAAAGUCAACAAUAAUCACACGAAAGACCACCCGCGUGGCUAUCGUUAAAGAAUCAAUCACGCCAUUGUCAACGACAAUUAAAGUUUCUUUCACCAAAGACCACAAGCUUAAUUCAACUGUGUAUUCUAAUGGGCAAAGUAGUUCUACUAUGGCUUCAUCGAUCGUAAGAAGUAGUUACCAAACAGAAAGUGUCUCAAUUUCAAGUGCCAUAGCCCAAUCAAUGUUUAUUGACCCAUCGAAAAAAUCAAGUAAGAUGCAGUUUUUGACUUCGCAAGAUUAUUCAUUAAUGUGGAAUAUAAGCCACUCGUCAGGGUCAUUGAUUAAUCAAGGUAGCUCUGUAUCUGCACAACUUACGUCAAAGGGAGAUCAGAUUUCACAUUUGCGGACCAAAAUAUUUUCGUCUUAUAAAACAGAAAGUUUCAAUUCUCAACUUAAACAAUCAUUUAGUAGCAUUACAAAACCAACACCCAGGACUGUUACACCAGUUCAAAUUUCUGAUUUGCAGACUAAAAUACCUUCGUCUUAUAAAACUGAAAGUUUCACUUCGCAACUUAAACAAUCAUUUAGUAGCAUUACAAAACCAACACCCAGAACUGUUACAUCCGUUCAAAUUUCAGAUUUUCAGACUAAAAUACCUUCGUCUUAUAAAACUGAAAGUUUCAAUUCGCAACUGAAACAAUCAUUUAGUAGCAUUACAAAACAAACACCCAGAACUGUUACAACAGUUCAAAUUUCAGAUUUGCAGACUAAAAUACCUUCGUCUUAUAAAACUGAAAGUUUCAAUUCGCAACUGAAGCAAUCAUUUCGUAGCAUUACAAAACAAAUACCCAGAACUGUUACAACAGUUCAAAUUUCGGAUUUGCAGACUAAAAUACCUUCGUCUUAUAAAACUGAAAGAUUCAAUUCGCAACUGAAGCAAUCAUUUAGUAGCAUUACAAAACAAACACCCAGAACUGUUACAACAGUUCAAAUUUCAGAUUUGCAGACUAAAAUACCUUCGUCUUAUAAAACUGAAAGAUUCAAUUCGCAACUGAAGCAAUCAUCUAGUAGCAUUACAAAACAAACACCCAGAAUUGUUACAACAGUACAAAUUUCAGAUUUGCCUACUAAAAUACCUCGAUCUUGUGGAAAUAAAUGUUCAAAUUUUAAAAUAAGAAAGUUUUCAAGUGGCAAUAUUAAGACCAUGCCUAGCAUGGAUAAACUGAGUUCAAUAUCAAUGACAUAUUUUUCAUAUGAUGAAAUAAACAGUCAGACCUCACUACAAAGCUCUCAAAAUGACGACUUCUUUUACUCGUUAGUUGAAAAACGAUUGUCAACAAUGUCUUUGACACAUUCCUCGCAAAAGCAGUCCAUAUAUUGUAGUUCCCGCACCAUACUCAAAGGAAUUGGAAACAUUAAACCAAGAGUCACUUCAUUGUUACCAAGCAUCGUAUCGUCUAUUUCAAAAGACAGAGAAAAUGUACCAAAUUCGAAUACGAAAGAGGACGAUGACAGCAAACUUCUUAUGAUUUUUAUUCCAAUCAUCAUCGUCUUAUUAAUCCUGAUCAUUGUCGCUUUAUUUAAGUCUAUGAAGCAUAAACGUCAAGUUAAAAGCAUACAUAUAAUGAGCAAUAAAAGGUAUGGAUUAAAGUCAAAAAAUGUCAGCAUCAGUCCUCCGAUAAGUUUGGCAAAUAACGAAUCAGAAGUAAGAGCCGCUCGUUCAAUGUUGAGGAUAAGUGGUGUCGGUAAUUUCGAGACAAUAAAUGAAGGCGACGAGCCCGCAAAGCCUGAAGAGUCUGACAAGUCUGAGGUUUUUGACCUUUGAUCCAAAGAAGUUUGAAGAUCAUGUUUUUUUUUAAUUUUAGAAAAUAUAUCAGUUUGUAUUUAUAUUAAGUUAUAAAUCUAUCUUAUGUAUACAUCUAUCUUAUAUAUCGUUAUAUAUAAAAAACCAAAAAUGAUGUAUAUAUUUUGGCAUCUCAAUCAUAUGUUUCCUGUUUGAUCCUAUCAUCAAAAGAUUAACGAAUCAUUUGAAGUUGAUCCAUCGGUUUAAUAAAAAUACGAUACUAUAAGUGACCUUCAGUGUUAAUGAGUACAUACAUUUGUCAUAGUGUGAGAUGUAUAAUUCAGUAAGUAUAAGAUAUGACUUGAGUGAGGUAAUGCUCAAUAAAUAAUUAUUUACAAGA